GCAUAUUAUAACCUUUCGUUCAAAACAAGUCCACACGAAGUUUCAGGCAUGCUGAGCAAAUCUUGCGGUGUUGUUGUAAAUGGCAAUCACACAGAUAUUGUUGUAAAUGUACACUCAAACCGUAUUUUCAUAGUCAUAUCGCAGUAUGAAAAACUCGGAUCUAUUGUAACUGUUUGCCGAGACGCAGCGGUUCAAGGUUUCAACAACACUACCGUGUAUGACACAAAAGUAAUUUUUGGAAAGGACGAGCCUGAAAUUCUUUCGGCUACGCGUCACGUUGCUGAACAACUGAGUGCCGAUAAGCCUUUGUUAAUUUCAAUUUGUUUAAAAGACUAUGAAGUGACAACUGUCCGACAAAUAGCUCAAGUUGUAAAGAAAAUAAUACAUUGAUAAAAUGAGUGUGCUCUACGGACAGCUCGUGAUAGGGCCACCUGCCAGUGGCAAGACAACAUACUGUCAUGAGAUGGGAAAGUUUUUGGAGAACCUUGGAAGAAAAGUAGCAAUAAUUAACAUAGACCCAGCAAAUGAAAACAUGGGUUACAAAGCAGCUGUAGAUGUAUGUGAUUUGGUAAAACAUGAAGAUAUUAUGAAGAAUAAUAAAUUGGGUCCAAAUGGUGCUUUGGUUUAUUGCAUGGAAUAUUUAGAAAAAAAUAUUGAUUGGUUAUUGGCAAAAGUAUUAAAUUUAAAAGACCAUUAUUUACUGUUUGAUUGUCCCGGUCAGGUAGAACUUUUCACUCAUCAUGAAUCAAUGAAUAAAAUUGUUGAGAAAUUGGGAGAAAAUUUGGUGAGACUUUGUGCAGUUCAGCUUAUGGAUUCUCAUCAUUGCAGUGAUCCAGGAAAAUAUUUAUCAUCUUUAAUGGUGUGUACACUAUCUAUGUUGCAAUUAGGAAUGCCUCAUGUAAAUGUUAUGACAAAACUUGAUGAAAUGAAAUUAUUCAGCCAUAAACUUGAUUUCAAUAUCAAUUUCUAUACAGACGUGUUGGACCUAAAGUAUCUGCUUGACAGGUUGAAUGAAGAUGACACAAUAACUGAGUAUAGAAAAUUGAAUGAGUCAUUUGUUUCACUCAUAGAAGAUUAUAGCCUCGUCAGCUUUCACCCCCUUGAUAUUUCUAAUAAAGCAAUGCUACUGAAUGUUAAAAAUGCCAUCGAUAAAGCAAAUGGAUAUGUUUUUGGAGGAAAUGAACCACAAGAUGUACAAGCUCUGUUAGCUUGUGCUGUUGGUGCUAUUAGUGAAACAGAUAGAACGGCCAGUUUAGAUGCAUACAUGUAAGCUCAGUCUAAAACAAAUAGUAUUGUUUUUUACGACCACCAACUUGUGCCCAAAUCUCAAGAUAAAAUAUGACAGUUUAUAUUAAACAUUGAUUAUA